AUGGCGAGUCAUGGCGUCCGCCGCUUCAAACCAGUGGAGAAGACUCCAGAAGAGCACGAACGAGAGUUGAAGCAAAUUGAAGAGUACAAAUCUCUCGAAAACUCUGUAUCUGAAAAGGUGGCCGCACAAGAGUAUUCUACCGAGACAUUGAGGCAGAUCUGCGAUUUGCUCAGUCGCAACCCAGAAUAUUACACUGUCUGGAACUACCGGCGACAGGCCAUUCGGCAUCAAUUCUCCACAGCAGGGGGAGAUGCGGGAGAUUCCGCGGAGAGUGCGGCCGAGUCGAUUGUCCAACUGAUCAAGGAUGAUCUGAUGUUCCUCAUCCCCCUGCUGAGGAGCUUCCCCAAAUGUUAUUGGAUUUGGAAUUAUCGCCUCUGGUUACUGGAUGAAGCUCGGCGACUACUGCCCCAGCCCGUCGCCCGUCGGUUCUGGCAGGAAGAGCUGGGAUUGGUGGGCAAAAUGUUGACUCUCGACAGUCGCAAUUUCCACGGUUGGGGAUACCGACGGCUCGUCGUGGAGACCUUGAAGCAAUUGGGCUCGGAAGAAGAAUCGAGAAACAUGACCCAGCAAGAAUUCGACUACGCAAAGAAAAUGAUCGGUGCCAACCUAUCAAAUUUUUCCGCGUGGCACUACCGCACCAAGCUUAUUCUCCGGCUAUUGGAGGAACAAUCGGCCAGUGAUGAGGAACGCCGGGCUAUGUUGGACGACGUAUUUGCGGGGGAGAUUGCCGAGAUCGAGGAAAUGCUAGAUGGGGCUGAAGAUUGCAAGUAUAUCUAUCAGUCCUUGAUCGAAUGCACGUUGUUGGUGUCCAAAGUGGCGGGCCACAUGGCCUCUGAAGAUCACAGGCAGGUUCUGAGCUGGCUCUCGGAGCUGAAACAGUUGGACCCACUACGGCGACAACGAUGGCUUGACUUGGAGAAAACAUUGCAAUCCGAGAUCACAGCAGCUACUAGUACCUAA